AUGAGUCUAGCAGAUCUGAUAAAAAGUAAAAGAUUACAUUUAAAAUCUUGCACGACCAUUGUAACAAAUAUGAUUGGUCAAAGAUAUGAAGAAGCUAAUGGAGAAACGAAAGAAUUAUCUCCCAGCAUACCGUUUGUUGUAGAUGACAAACCUGACUUACAAAUUGCGUGUAUAAUACCAGGAUUAUUUUUAAGCUCGCAAGACCCUAUUGCGAAUAUAGAAAUUUUACAAGAACAUAACAUUCGUAAUGUAUUAAGUAUUGGCAUUGAGGCGGCAGUAAAAUUUGAUGGUAUUGAAUAUUAUUAUUGCGAUUUGUUAGAUUUACCCGAAUCCGAUAUAUCCGUGGCAAUAGAAAAAUGUUACAAAAUCAUAGACGAAUGUCGUUGUAAAAAUAUCCUUGUACAUUGCAAUGCUGGCGUGUCUCGUUCACCGACUAUUGUUAUUUCUUACUUGACGCUUUGUGAAAAAUUAUCGUACGAUGACGCAUAUAAUAAAGUAAAAAAAUUGAGAAAUUGCAUUAAACCGAACGAAGGAUUUGUGAAACAAUUAAAAAUGUUAUAAUUAAUAAAAGAAAACAUUCAUAUUUGUAACUUUCUUGUGGAAUACCGCUGGAAAGUAACGGAGGAAAGAAAAUAACACCAUUGUUUUAACAAUAGAUUAAUUAUGUAUAUAUUGUUACAAUAGAAUUCAUGUAUUAUAUGACAUUAUGUGUACAGAGAAUAUUAAUUUGUAAUUACAAUAUUUCGUAUUUAUAAUUCAUUAGAAAAGGUACAUUCAUGCACAGCAUCUAUUAAAUUCUUAGCCAAUACUAAGCAUAUUACGACUGCUAUUUCUGGCGUUCUUGUAUAAACCAUGCACUGGAGAUGACAUGUAGGUCGUCGUACCAAGUAGUUUUAUAAA